AAUUUUUGAAAAAUGGGAUUCAUUCAGAUUAGACAAGUAGCGCAGUAUGUUGCAAAAGUCAACAAGAUUUAUCCAUUGUCACUGAUUUUCCUGACCUUAAUGGCAGAAGUUCAUUAUGUGUUUUUAGCUAUUUGCAACUUUUUACUGCUUCGGCAAAAUUGAAAAUUUGUUUGUUCGAUUCUGAUCCUGUUUUUGAAGAUGCUAAUUGAAGCUAAUUACAAAGUAAUUUUCUCCAGCAUGUAGACAUUGUAGAGUCAAGGAGAAGGCAUGUUAGGCCUAUUGUAUUCCAUGACAAAUUGUUACGCCAACAAUUUUCAAAUGCUUUAUUUUUUGUUGGGGUGGUUGAACAGGUAAGUAAUUAUGGAACCAACAGGUUCUAUCUGCUCUGCUUUUAAUUUGCAUGUCGAACAAUGUGCAUGUUGUAAUUUCGAAAAAUAUGUGCAUGAUGAUACUGAGUUAUUAAUUUAAAGAUGAAAUUUGCAUGAAAAGUUGAUUAAAUUGUUAUUCCUCACUAGAUGCACAAAAUUCAAUCCGACUAUGGAAACUGAGAACUUUUCGACUAUAUUCCUGAUUCAUCAAGUUGAAUGAAAUCGGAGCAAUAGUCGGAAAAUUUUCGCUUAAACAAGCGGACAAUUAUAUCGCGUAUUGCCUGAAUCGCGAAUUCGCAUUGUAGAUCAUUAAUUCAUUGUCAAUCAAAAUCAUAUUCGCUUAUUACUAAUCAAAAAAUCGCAAUCAUUCAAACAUUUAUCGAAAAUUUUAAUCUGCAUGAGCCAUCUGAUUUGAAAAAAUUCUAAUUCCAUAAGUAUAUUAAUUCUGCUUGCAAUUCUCAAAUGUUAUCGAAAUUUGUGUCCAUCCAUUGACUUUCUACUUCUUUUCGGAUACUUAAUCUCCCCUAGUCCCCUUGAAAGUAAUUCACAAAUUGGUAUCCCAUCUCCGAUCUCCCGUAAAAGAGGAUAAUGUCAUUUAGCCCGUUUCUGUUCAAAACGUAAAUUCAAUCCUUUCAAUGUAAAAAGGGCUUUGUCGCUUUGGUUGAUUUGUUUCUUCUCCAUUAUCCCUAAUUAGCUCCCAAAACCCCCAAGUGAAAAUUAUAGUGUUAAACUUUAAUGUGUUUGUGAGUGUAUGUGAUGGUGGGGAAUCUGUGCUGGCCAAAAGUCAAACGCGUCAAAAACGACCUAAUGGAAUCCUUCAUGAUAUUGAAUUUAUACAAACAAGGAACUGGCGGGAGAAUUUGAAAUUCCGGAACUGCAUCAGAAGAUGAGUUAUUCUCGCCGAGUUCUAAUUUUAAAGAGCAUCGGAGUGUUUAAUAAGAACAGGAAGCGAUCUUCCACGUCCACCACCACCGUCUUUGAAAACAACUUGCCGCAGAAUCUUUUGGCCAAAAAACAUCGACGACGAACAAUUGUUGUUCAUAAAAGUAAACCAACCAAUAACGACAGACUGUCGGCCAUCGUCUUUUUUAUUUUCCUCAUCAUUUUGCUGUUGAAAAUCAUCAACUCUUCCGAACGGGCAAUCCCACUUGCGGCCAACGAAGAACAUCGAGGUCGCCUGGCGGAUGUUAGACGACGAGCGCAACUUUACCUCGCCGAUGUCUACAAAGUCGCUAAAGCCCCGCUGACGUCAUUUUACGAAAAUCUGGUCGCUUCUCUCGCAAGGAUGCGGGUCGAUCGUGAGGCUCAGCUGGACCGUUCGCUUCUCAAUAAGAAACCGCGUAGGAUUUCAUUCAAUCCCGAUCAAAAUAAUACCGAUAACGACAAACCAGUACAAGUCCGUUUGAAUUCCGACGGUGCAGUUCCGGCUAGGGUCAUCAACAGGGCCGUCAUGAACAACCGAUUCAAUUCGACCAAACUCUACAGAUCUUUAGCCAAUCGUGUGACAUUAGUCGAACCUACUCGACAUCUUUUCAAACCUGUUUCAGAUAAUCAAAUUGUUUGCAACACAACUUCUCCAAGCGGAAGCGACGCCGGAAUUUAUUGCACUACGAAAUUUCUCUGCUCUCUUUCCGGCGGCCGUCCUAAAGGUCCUUGCAUCGCUGGAAAAGUCAAUUACAUUAAUCCGGUCAAAACGUUUGGCGAAAUUCACUGGAAGCAAUCUGCGAACGUUAGCGCUCAAUCCACCUGCAUCCUGACUGUUAAAACCAAGAGCAAAUUGCUGCAACUUUUGUCGAAACCAAUUUGCAAAAUCCGGUUGGAGUUUAUGUCACUCUCCGUUAGUCAGCCGACUUCCGGAAUUUGCACCGACGCUUCUCCAAUCAGCCAAUCACUUACCGUGGUGCCCAUCAAAUGUGAUGGCAAAAGCAGAUUUAACAAGCAUCUCGACGUGCUAUCAUCGGCCGUUACCGCUAACGACGUCCAGCUCAUGUUCAAUUUCGUAGCUGGAACAGACGCCAUCUCGUGGAACAUUGUCGUCCUUCCUUGCCGGGCAUUCUUCCUCGUCGGUAACGCGACCCGCCGGAUAAACGACCAGACCUACACCGUUUGCUUCAGGACGGAGCUCAUCUCCGAAAAGAGAGCGGAAAAGAUGAACUUGGCCUUCUACCUGGUCAACAGCAACGGAGGCGACGCUUUCUCCGUUGUCAAAGCUUCGACCAAUGUCGUCUCCGCACUGGCCGUCAUCCAGGCCAAUCUCGCCGCCGUUGCAACCGCCGCCUUCACCUGAUCUGCUCCAGGUGACUAAUCCAUCAACCGACGCCACCGAAUCUCCCGUAAGUUGUUAAACCAUUGGCCAGUUCUAAUUAGAAAAAUCGUAACCGGGUUGUAUAGGCAGUGUUUAAUUCUCUUAAAUAAUCAUCAUUCCAUUUGUCGUGUAUUCCUAAUAAUGAAAAUUGCCGUGCCAUUUUGUGUGUGUAAUCAUUUUCUUGUAUUUGGGGAAUUGUUUUUUUAAAUAAAAAUCAUUUCAGUGAAUCAGUUUUGAAUCGCCAGUAAAAUUCGAGGCUUUGAUGGUAUCCAAUCUGGCCAUAUACUGCGACUAAAUUGGUUCACUGAAAACGGUUUUUGUAAAUCUACGUGUGGGGAAAUUAUUUAAAUUUGGUAAUCCGCUAGUGUUUCUUAUUAACGUUGUAGAAUUAAUUUUUUCUUUGGAAAAUCAGAAGUAGCAAUAGUAUAUAACCUAUAGCAUAACUUAAACUAGCGUUUAGAAAAUGUCGAUUCCACCUAAAUAAAUUUCCAGUGUCUAUUAGUAUUAUCUUAAUAACGUUUUUACUUGUUUCACCUUUUCUCCUGAGCAUUGGGCUCGUUAGUUUUAUUUUACUAAAUUUUGCGCGGCAAACGAUUUCUUUUUAAAUGUUUAUUCUUUUAAAAUUGUGUGUCGAUGUGAACAAUAACAUUCUAAUGAGAGAACGCUGCACGGGAUGUGAUGAACUGCAACAAUUUUGCAACUAUACUAAUUUAGAUAUAGGUCACGAGGUUUUUGCAAUUCAUGUCAUUGCAUGUAGCAUUCAUUUGCUGGAAUGAUUCAUUUCAUCGGAUCUGUAAGUUUUUCUUAAAUGUCAUUCAACCUUAAAUAAUCUUUGGUGUUUCAUGUGUAUUAUUAUCCCCCUGUAAUUCCCAUUUUAUCGCUCCUAUAAUCCCAGAUGGUGUUUUGUGUUUAUCUAUCUAAUCUCCUAUUUAAUCUCUAUGCCAUUUUAGAUGUCCACGGUUACGUCAGAUUCAGUAAACACAUAGAAAAAAGACACCAAGUCUAUUUUAAAAUUUUAUGAGAAACCAAAAAAGGAAAUUUUGUUUUUGAACUUUAAAUUUCGCUGUGACCGGCCAUAGUAGCUAAUUAGUAAUUCGUACACGAAAACUGAAAGUUAACGACGGUACCGUUUUCUUCUCAUUAACAAGGGUCAGUGUUUAACUUCAAGGGUGAAAGAGGACGUUGAUGGCCAUCCUGCAAUUCAGCUCGGAGAUACUUCAGAGGAGGAUCUCCAUAUUCUACAAACCAUAUAAUUAAGUAUCAUAACAUGAUAUUACUGUGCACAGCAUAUAAGGAUUGACCUUUAAACACUAAAAAAGAAGCCCAAACAUUUUUGGGCAGAAAGAAGA